AUGCUUGCGAUGUACACUUACUUCUCCAAGCACAACACAACACGACACACAAGAAUGAAGAUAGCUAAGCUUUUACUGCUGGUGCCGCUGCUUACAAGCAUUGGUGUCUCGAGUGCUGAGGGUAUCGGUGAGGAGGAGGGGCGGCGAUUGUACAAGCAGCUGGUGGAGAAGUAUGACGGUGUAGUGCGCCAGGAACGGUUGCUGUUCAGUGAGGACUUGGAACUGAGGGCGCGUUACAGAGAGCGUCAGUUGAUGCGAGAGGAGGAUCGAGGGAGGGAGUGGUUCUGUGGCGAGCCGUCGUUGACGAUGCUGGACGGGCGAGCAGUUGGCUCGUUGCUGGAGAGAGUGCCCGAGCGGGUAAGGGGGUACCUGCGGAGGAUGCCGUGGGAUGCGCUGGGCCUGUGUGUGUUUUCGCUGGGGGAGACGAACCUGUUCGAGGGAGUUGAGAUUGGAGAGAGAGAGGCUGUGUGA